AUGAAUGGCUGGAGCGGAUAUCACACUGUGUUCUUGCUCACCGAUACGAGUGGGAAGACUGUGAACAAGUACAUGCAGCGCUACGUGCUGUGGGAAGGGCGCCAAGCUGGUCGUGGGAUCACGAAGAUUGUCCAGCGUGGGCACGAGCCUGCAGUAAGCGCGAAGUUUCCGUUUCAACGCAUUCUCACAGAGGAAGGUGGUGAAUUGGUGAACAAGGAUAUGAAGGCGUUCUAUGCGAAGCAUGGAAUUGAGCACAUCAAAGUCGGACCUAAUAGCUCACAUCUGAAUGCUGUGGAGCGUGCGAUCCACUCGUUGAAUGACUACACGAAGACGCAGAUGCACAAGUCCGGAUUUGCUCUUUCGCUUUGGUGGUAUGCCUUUUUGUAUGGGGUUUACAUCAAGAACAUGAUGUACCAUCGAGCCAUCUAUGCGAUUUCAGUCCAGCGAAUGCUCGGCGUGAAAGCUGAUGCGCACCACUUGAGGCCCUUUGGCUCGCUCGUGAACAUUCAGGUGCUGAACACACCGGAGCGUCCGAAGAGUAACGACAAUGCUAUCAUCAGCUAUCUACUUGGGUUUGAAAUAGACAUCGUUGGCGCACGUGUGUAUUUCUUCAGCGAGAACUCAGUCAAGUUUGUCGCUGAGGUUCGCGUUAUUGAGGACAAGUUGGAUAGCAAGACGACACGACCAGCAUCUCGAGUGACGGCGGCGUGGACAUGGAAAGCAUCCAUGAGUCUAGCCAGAGCGUCGUACCUGACAACUCGGGGGAUGCAGAGUCUAUUGUCAGUGCUACUGUUGCGUACAAGGGAUCGAUCGGCAGACGUCGAUGAGGAUGACGAAGACGAAGAUCACGACAACCAGGACGGCGGUGAGAAUCGCCAGGAUACGGGUGACCGGGCGGAUGAUAGUCAUGAUGAUGACGAGUCUGUCUCGGCUAAUUUUAAAUCGAAGGUGGACCCAGCAGACGAAGGUUCGGUCGCCGAUGCGACCGAGGUGGGCGAAGACGUAAGCUAUCCAACCGACGAGCAGGAAUCGACUCACGAGCAGGGCUCGGAGGCCAAGAAUCAUACGGAAAACGGCCGGAGCAAGGACUGUGACGAUACCGGUGCUGUGUCGGAACCGACCGUCACGGAACGAUCCGUGCUUGAGAAGAUCAUACUGCCAGAAGGCCUGCGAAAGCGAGUGGAACGGGACGACACCCCGUCAGAAGAACGAAUGAAAGAACGUCGCACAGGCUUACGUCAGUGGACGAGCCGACCGGCUCGAUUCGAUGACUUUGUCAGAUGGGAAAGUAUUGCGACGAAAAUAUUGGGUCGUAAUGGCAGACCGAUUGGUGUCAAGAACAUCAGAGUCCCAAAGAAUCGACGCCAAGCUAUAUAA